UCUCUCUCCAUUUUCUCUCUCUAGGGUUUCGGCCGCACCAAACCCCACCACCAGCUCCGGCGACCGGCGGCGGCAACACCCCCACCCCCUCCCUACCCGCGCGUGCGCAGCAUCUGGCGUGGAGGUCGCUGGGGGAAGGGGAUGGGGACGGGGACGGAGGCGGAGGUGGUGGAGUCGGUGAGCGACCUCCCCGUGCAGGACCCGCCGGCGGAGGAGUUCUCGGCUGCCGACCUGCGGUGGGCCAAGUACGCGAGCUCCGAGCACCAGCGGGACGACGUGGCGCUCAUCCCGUACGAGCGGAUGGAGGCCUUCAUCGCCGGGGAGUGCAACAGCCCGGAGUGCCCCACGCGGUUCCACAUCGAGCGCGGCCGCAAGCGCGACCGGGGCACCCUCCGGGAGGUCAGGAGCGACGACUACCUCCUCUACAGGAUGUAUUGGUGCUCGUUUGGCCCGGAGAAUUACGGCGAGGGAGGGACGAUCUUGCCGAGCAGAAAGUACAGGCUCAACACUAGGAACCGCGCUGCUCGGCCGCAGUCAAUGCGGGGCUGCACAUGCCACUUUGCCAUCAAGCGGCUGUAUGCCCGCCCUUCGCUGGUGCUCAUUAUCUACCAUGAGAGGCGGCAUAUCAACAAGUCCGGUUUCAUAUGCCACGGCCCCCUGGACCGGGACGCCAUCGGGCCUGGUGCCAGGAGGGUGCCGUAUGUGGGGAGCGAGAUCCAGCAACAGACCAUGUCGCUGAUUUAUCUUGGUGUGCCGGAGGAGAACAUCCUGCAGACGCAUAUGGAAGGGAUACAUCGUUACUGCGGUUCGGAUGCGAAGGUUGAUAGUCUCGCUUCGCAGUAUGUCCAUAAGCUUGGGAUGAUCAUCAAGAGGUCUACGCAUGAGCUGGAUCUUGAUGACCAAGCCAGCAUCAGAAUGUGGGUUGAUAGGAAUAAGAAGUCUGUGUUCUACUACCAGGAUUCGACUGAUACAGAUGCAUUUGUUUUGGGGAUCCAGACAGAGUGGCAACUGCAGCAGAUGAUUCGCUUUGGUCAUCAGGAUCUUUUGGCUUCUCAUUCUUCAUUUGGUGUUAGCAAGCUGAAGUAUCCAUUGCACACACUCCUUGUAUUUGACUCAAGGCAACAUGCUCUACCUGUUGCAUGGAUUAUAACCCGAUCAGUUACCAAGCAAGACACUUUGAGAUGGAUGAAAGCACUUACUGAGAGAAUAUAUUCUGUUGAAUCCACCUGGAGAAUUGGUGGAUUUGUAAUUGAUGACCCAGCUUCUGAGCUGGACCCAAUCAGGGAUGUAUUCUCCUGCCCAAUUUUAUUUUCUUUAUGGCACAUUAGGAGAACCUGGCUUAAAAAUAUAAUCAAGAAAUGCAGCAACUCUGAGGUACAAAGGGAAAUAUUUAUGCAACUAGGAAAAGUUAUGUACAGUAUUUGGAGUGAGAAAAAUCCCAUGGAUGCUCUUGAGCAAUUGUUUCAAGACUUCGUUGACCAAACCGCCUUCAUACAAUAUUUCAAGUCAUUUUGGGUUCCCAAAUUGGAGAUGUGGAUUGAUACCAUCAGAAGUCUUCCAGUAGCAAGCCAGGAAUCAUCAGGUGCUAUUGAAGGUUACCAUCUAAAGCUCAAGGUUAAAGCGUAUGACGAUUCACAGCUUGAUGCUCUCCAACGUGUGGACUGGUUGGUGCAUAAGCUCACAACAGAGCUCCAUUCGAGUUACUGGCUCAAUCUAUAUGCGGAUGAAAGUGGUUCAUUUCCUGAGGUGAAAGCAGAGUAUGUUGCAUCCACUUCAUGGCAAAGAGCACUGAAGAUACCUGACGAUGCUGUUAUAAUUGAUGAUAAGGAACCAUUUUUAGCAAAGGUGGCAAGCCAGAAGGAUACUAAUCAGAUGUGGAAUGUAUGGAAUCCUGGGUCUGAGUUCUCUUUCUGUGGUUGUUCAUGGUCAAUGCAGGGUAACCUAUGUAAGCACAUCAUAAAGGUUAAUAUGAUGUGUGGACCUCGCAAGGAUUUCCAGCCCUCGCUCUCAUUCCAAUCGUUUCAGCGUGUCCUACUUGAUUUGUGGCAAAAACCAAUGGAUGAUUCAUUCUCACUCGAUCUGUCAGUAGCAUGGGUUAUGCAAAUGCAGGAGAGGAUCCAGAAGGUGACUGAGCUUGCUACCUCUGAUGGCAUUGCCCAAGUGUCUGGCCGAUUGCCGGUUCAAUGGACAAACAAGAAAGGGAGAAGAAUAGCUACUAAGCGCACAAGCCCUUUACGUGUUCUUCCUCAUUCCAAUGGUACUGUGCAAAAAGAUUUCACACCUAAGAAGAACAGAAAGAGAAAGAGGCUGUCAACAGUUUCAGUAACCUUUGGCUGAGAAGUCAGCUUAGCAUGUAAUCAGUUUGGUAUAGGCAUUGGAUACUAGGAUGAUCACCUCACAUCUUCUGAAACGGUCCAUCUGUUGUUUAGUUGGAUAUAAUUGUUUAGGCAGCAUGAGAAAUACACCGAAAUCAGUUUGUCUGGUCGUCCAUGGCAUUAUUAGUUGUUUCUACUGGCCACUUGGGCAUUUAUUUAUACAAGCCAUGAUCCACAUAUCUUUCUGGGAGACUGGGACUUGGCUGGAAAGCGCUAAAGUUCGGUUCAAGCGUUGGUCUACUUGAAAGUUUCUUCAAAAUGGUCCUGAACUGCAUUCAGUUUAUGGCUUUUUGCCCAGCACCUGUUUGAAGCUAUUGUAAGCUUUGCAAUUGUGCUUUUGAUGUACCGGUGCCCAUGAUGUAACUGUGAACCAAUUGAAUGCAGAUUCUCAAGCUUACAAUCAUGAUGUAACCCUAGAUGCUGAAUUGCUGAUAUCACAUGAUGAUCGGUUUGUUGCAAGCAUAUGAAUUCUUUUCACGUAGAGAUGGUACUUACAUCUCAGUGAGCAAAAUAUACAAACUGU